GACAGAGAGAGACAGAUUGAGAGAGAGAGAGAGACAGAUUGAGAGAGAGAGAGAGAGAGAGAGAACGUGUGAUUAGACAGAAAGAAGUUCGUCGCCAUCAAACAAGCGGCUGGUUUUCAGGCCCAGCUGCAGCAUCCUUCAUCAUGACUAAAGAGGAGAACCUGGACGUACAGGAGAAGGAGACACAUGACCAGGAGGAGCAGGAGGAGGGGAAGGUACAGCGGGAGGAGGAGGAGGCACUGACUGAGGAAGAGGAAGACGAGGAGGAAGAGGAGGAAUAUGAGAUUGAAGAGGAGAGAGAGGGGGAGGAGAGAGCAGAGAUGGAUGAUGAAGAAGAGGAUGAACCUGAAGAGGAUCGGGAAGAGAGAGAAGAGCAAGAAGAGGAGGAGGAGACACUGGCCAACCAAGAGCAUGAGAACGAGCCAGAGAUAGAGCCGAUGUCAGUGUCUGAGUAUCAGAGUCCCGUCCAUGAGGUGCGACGCCGAGCUAUGGUGCACUCAUCUGCACAGGCACCCUUACCCAAGGACUACGCCUUCACUUUUUUUGACCCCAACGACCCGGCCUGUUUGGAGAUCCUCAUGGAUCCUCGGACCACCAUUCCUGAGCUGUUUGCUAUCGUGCGACAGUGGGUUCCCCAAGUGCAACACAAGAUUGAUGUGAUUGGUAACGAGAUUCUGAAGCGUGGGUGCCAUGUGAAUGACCGUGAUGGUUUGACUGACAUGACACUGCUUCACUACAGCUGUAAGGCUGGAGCACAUGGUGUUGGCGACCCAGCAGCAGCGCUGCGUCUCAGCAGCCAGCUGAUAUCUCUGGGAGCUGAUGUGAGUUUGAGAAGCCGCUGGACCAACAUGAAUGCGCUGCACUACGCUGCUUACUUUGAUGUCCCAGAACUGAUUCGAGUCCUCCUAAAAGCCGGCAAACCUAGAGUGUUGAACUCCACCUGCAGUGAUUUCCACUAUGGGACAGCUCUCCAUAUUGCCGCGUCCAACCUCUGUCUUGGUGCCGUCAAAUGUUUGUUGGAACAUGGCGCCAACCCGACUGUCCGGAAUGAAAAGGGCCAGGUUCCAGCAGAGGUUGUUCCUGAUCCGAUGGACAUGAGUCUUGACAAGGCCGAGGCUGCUAUGGUGGCUAAAGAGCUGAAGCAGCUGUUGCUGGAUGCGGUCCCCCUGAGCUGUAACCUUCCCAGAGCCACUUUGCCCAACUAUGACAACAUCCCAGGAAACUUAAUGCUGUCCUCACUGGGGCUGAAGCUGGGAGAUCGCGUGGUGCUGGAUGACAUGAAGACUGGUACUCUGAGGUUCUGCGGUACUACAGAGUUUGCCAGCGGUCAGUGGGUCGGUGUGGAGCUGGAUGAGCCAGAAGGAAAGAAUGAUGGCAGUGUGGGCGGAGUCCGCUACUUCAUCUGUCCUCCUAAACUAGGAAUUUUUGCCCCAGUGUCAAAGAUUUCAAAGGCCAUUGAUCUCACACCUUCGUCUGUCACUUCCACCCCUCGCACCCCCCGCAUGGACCUGGCUUCUCGUCUUGCUGGAAAGACCAAGAAAGAGAAAAAAGAGAAAGAUAAAGGUAAAGCUCAGAAGAAGAAGUCCUCAGUGGCCGGUUUGGAUCCAGAGGGAAUGAAGGUUGAAGUAGGUGAUCUGGUUCUGGUGGCCGGACAGAAACGCGGCACUGUCCGCUUCUACGGCAAGACAGACUUUGCACCAGGUUACUGGUUUGGUGUAGAACUUGAUCAGCCAACAGGAAAGCAUGACGGCUCCGUGUUUGGAGUUAACUAUUUCUCCUGCCUCCCCAAGCAUGGAGUGUUUGCUCCUCCUUCUCGUGUACAGAGAAUCGGAGGCCCCAAAGAUGGUUCACAGAACGACAACUUAAAGAUCAAGAAAGUUCACCAGGUCACCAUGUCUCAGCCCAAGCGUAACUUCAACACCUUGCGUUCUCCUAAAGACCUGACCUCUGAGAACUCCAUAUCCAGGUUGCUGUUCUGCUGUUGGUUUCCAUGGAUGUUGCGUGCUGAGAUGCAGUCUUAACCGCUCCUCCACCACCUUCUUCUGCCUCUCCUCCACCAGUCUGAUCUGUCUUUUCUUCUUUCUCUCUCUUUCUAUUCUCACUGACUCUACAGACUAUCGCGCUCGUUGGUUAGACUUGUCGUAGUGAUCCCUGUCCUCUUUUCCCCUCAGCCCAAACCUCCCGUUUAGCUGUUCUAUAGCAAAAUCUAUAGUGCCUUGUAUUCGAUCAAAACGCCCUGCAUUCCUUUAAUGACACCAAGAAUCCAGCUCUACUAAAGCGAUUUCCU